AUGAGCAGUGUAAUAAACUACAGUAAAAGGGAUCCCGGCGAAAAGGAGUGUGCCGAGUCGGCUGAAUCGCUAGAACAUCUAAUGAUACCAAAGCUUCUAGACCGUUGGGUGGGGAAUACGUCUGAAGACCAGCGAGUAGAGAUGGUUCCGAGGGACGCAGGGGCAGCAAUUCGGCAGCAGGAGCAUUUGCAGGAGCUAAAAAGCUUUCGUCCGAAGCUGGGGCAAACGGCACUCGGCCGGAAGAAUCAUGGGGAGGCCAAGCCCGCGAAACAACUGGUGGCGCUGAAGACGGACUUCGAACACCUAAUCGUGGAGCAAAAUGAAUCCAAUACAAAGUGGCUCCAGGAAGUGGAGGAUAUGCAUCUCUAUCCACACGAGUACAGCAACAGCAGCACCACGUUGACGUCGAUGAUGUACCCCACAGCGUCUUCAUAUUUGACGCUAAUGGAAAACGCAAUGAUUAGCGUACCGAUAGCCAAACUGAUUGGUGGCCAAAAAGCGCGAUUUUCGCAGUUUAGCAAAGGCGGCAUUUCCACUGCUGUCCUUCCCCAGCAGCAGCAAAUGCUGGAUCCGUUUACUGAGCACGCAGAAGCACAGGCACAAACACCAGCAGCGGAGAUAGUACCAGAGCCAGACGCUCCUGUCACAGAUGAGCCAUUAGCGCUGCUCAGCCACCAGAAAACGGCAGCAGAGGCAGACGAUCCAAAGCUGAACAUUCUGAUCAGAAAUGUGGUGUGCUCGUUCAAUGUGGGAUGCCAACUCGACUUGAGUGACAUAGCGCAGCGUGGCUUCAAUGUGAAAUAUCACAGGAGUCGAAAUUUAACCAUGAAGCUGCGGCGUCCCGCUGCGACGGCCCUCAUUUGGUCAUCCGGUAGGAUCAAUUGCACAGGCACCACAUCUGAGAUACUGGCCAAAGUGGCGGCCAGGAGGUUUGCCCGUUGCUUGUGGAAACUCGGUUUCCCGACACGCUUUCAGAAUUUUCGCAUAGAGACUGUUCUGGGUACUUGCAGGAUGCCCUGGGACAUUAAUAUUGUAAACUUCUCGAAAAAGCAUCCGGAGAAUGCCAAACAGGAACCGGAGAUGCAUUGGUGUGUCACGUACAAGAUGCAGAUGCCAAAGGCCACGCUGAAGAUCUUUACCACGGGAAGCAUAACAGUGAUGGCCGCCAGCGUGAACCUUGUGGAAUCCGCCAUAGGGCACAUAUAUCCACCGGUCCGUGAGUUCCGUAAGCAGCGAUCGAUAGACAUGGUCAAGAACUUAAGGACUAAGAAGAAGAAAAAUGGCGCCAGCAUCACCACCGCCAGCACCAUCACCGACCCCAGCGAUGCCCGGGCACUGGAAGAGAAAAUCUUCAUUCAGUCACAGAUGCAGUCGCGCAGUGACAUUAUGAUGAACGCCACCGUAGCCCAUGCUAAAACAAUACCUAAAAAUGCAGCGUCGGAGCUGGCGAAUGCAGCGUACUCCAGUGUAGAGCGGCUGAGGCAGAUCGAGGCGUAUCGCGAGAUGUCGAAGCAGACGCAGGAGGAGCGCCGCCACAUACCUUUCCCGAGAGACACGUCGGAGGCAAAACUGUUCCCCUACUCGGGCCGCAGUAAGUCCUUGAUGGACAAUAUCAAUGCCAAUGCCCGUCGACGUGCCAUCAAAUGCUGGGACAGCAAAAUUCAAAAGAAGUCGCCGCGCUCCAACGACCACAGCUUUGCCGAGAGAUCCCCCUCCAAUCCAGCCAUCCAAUCCACCAGCAGCACAUCCGUCACCUCCAAGUCGGACCGAAUUCUGCCGUCUUCCUCGCCACCGGCCAUCCAAUCCACCAGCAGCACACCCGUCACCUCCAAGUCGGACCAAAUUCUGCCGCCCUUCUCGCUACCGAUCAUUUCGGAUGAAAUUAUCCCUGCCGCGGGGACGAUCCAGAUCGAGCAGUGCUGAAUUAGCGCAUUCCGCAGUGGUAAUAUCGCUACCGCCGACAAUACCAAGUAAAUGACUCUUAAAACCUGAUGUUUAUGAAAUCACUUUGUUGUUGAACAACUCUUUGAGCAAAGCUAUAAUGCUUUCUUUAUUAUUUUGAUAUGUAUAUGAAUA